UUGAAGAAAUAUGGCCUUUCCUAACAAAGACUGAUUUUGAAAAUCUUGAAAAAGUCAAAACAAGAUAUUUAAAAAGAGUUUUAGGACUGUCCAAGUAUAUUAGAUCUAGAUUUGUGUAUGAAUUAGUUGACACUGAUCUCUUUGUAUCGGACUUACAGGUAAAAUAUUCUCUAACUGAAACUGAAGCAUUCCAGAAAUUUUGUGUGUCUAAAUAUUUAAACAAACUUGAGAUAUGUGAUGAGUUCUACGAGACAGAAACUAUGAAGAAUAAAAAUUGGCAAUGUGCAAUGUUCAGUGAUCGCCAAGUGUUUACGAGAUUUGCCUGUCACGGGUACCACUAUUUAUUUUGUAAGAAUAAAAAUUUUCAUUCUCAAGCGACAAUAGAUUGUGAAUGCAAGCACUGCGGUAAGAAAUGUUCACAAUAUCAUAUUCUUGAAUGUAAUGAACGAAAACUAAGCCUAAGAGAGGCUGCAAAAAUCAAAAUUAACUAAUUUUGUACUUUGUAAUAAUUAUCGAAACAAGCUUAAUUGUAAAAUUAAUUUUAGGAAGACAAAUUAGCUUUAGACACCCGUUGUACACCUAGUUGUGUUCAAUAAAUACUCUAUCUAUCUAAAUAAAUUCCGACGAUUCUAGCUCAGACAGUUUCUGCGGGACUUCUGCUAGUGACACAAGAUUGGAAGUGGAAGACCAUGAAGCAUCUCAUAUUUCUGCAGAGCCAUUUGACGUCGACGUCGACACCUCAUUGGCAUCAAAUUUGGAAUGUGAAGAAGAUUUCUUGGACUACAUCAUGAGUGAGGAUGAACCCCUUGAGAGCGACGAUGAAGAGGCUAACUACGCGAAUCGUGAGAAUAUUAGUGGGCAGAAUACUUUACAUGAUUUUGAUGAGUUGCAAAGGUUAGCAGAGGAAUUGCUAUUGAAAGAUCCCUUAUAUGCUGGCUGUGACUUGACUUUAAUCGAAACUUUGAUACGGCUUGUGACUAUAUACAAAAAGCAUUCGCUUCCAAAAUCCGCCUUGGGGGAGAUUAUUUCACUUUUCUUUGAUGCAUUGCCUAAACCGUGUAUAUUUCCCUCUUCAAAGCACAAUUUUUUCAAAAUAAUUAAUCAACUAACUCCGGGAAAUGAGACUCCUGUAGUUUCAUAUUCCUGUUCAAGGUGCUAUGAACCUUUUACAAGCAAGCAAACUACAAUAUGUCCAAAAUGUGAAUCUUCACAAUCACCUGCAGUUUGUGUCACAAAUGACAUUAAAACUAUAAUCAGACAUAUGUUUGAAUGUAGAGGUCUGGCCACAUUAUUUGAAAAAAAUGACAAUAAUUUAAACUCGAAUUUAAAUUCUUCAAUCACUGACGUGAUGGAUGGUAUUGUAAGCAAGAGGAUAGAGAAAUCAAGCAAAUAUGAUCUCUAUUUAAUUCACAACACAGAUGGUUUUCCAUUUGCAAAAAGCAACAAAAAACAAUUUUGGCCAAAUUUUUUAGCUAUUGGAAAUAUCCCACCCAAAUUAAGAUCAAAAUUUAUUGUUCUUGUCAGCAUUUGUUUCACUCCAAAUAAGCCAAAUCUACUAAGAUACAUGAUUCCGUUCGCAGAAAAUAUGCUUACAUUAGGUACCGAAGGGUUCACCUGGAGACACCCUCUUACUAAGACUGAUAUAAAAUCAAGGCUCUUCAUUGUAUCUAGCACUGUUGAUGCUCAAGCAAGAGCACCUUUAAUGAACAUGAAUUUUUAUAAUGCAGAAUAUGGGUGCUCAUUUUGUGAAAUUGAAUGUACAAGUCGAGGAGAGGGACAAGGCCCAGGUAAACUCUAUCCUUAUGAAAAGUAUGGCGGACUGCGAAAACCACUGACACGAUCAAGGGAAAGAUCUAUUCAGCAAGCAAAUUUACUAUUUGGUGCUGCUCGAGAGGAAAGGGUUAAACAAGGAAAAGCGCAUCCUGAACAUGAAAAAGGUGUGAAAGGGCAUUGCCCGUUUGUAAUGCUACCACACUUUGAUGUUAUAAAUAGCUUCUCUCCAGAUUAUUUACAUUCUUGCCUCAUUGGAGUGACAAAGAGAUGGACAAAGCAUAUUUUGAACUCUCAAAAUCACUCAAAACCCUUUUACAUUGGCCUUAUGUCUCAUCUUGUAGAUGAAAGAAUAAAAAAAAUUAGAGUUCCAUCGUUUGUAACUCGGCUGCCAAGAGGAUUGGAUGAUAUAUCAUUUUGGAAAGCAAGUGAAUAUAGAAAUUGGCUUCUCUUUUAUUCGUUGCCGUGUUUAAAAGGAAUUUUAAAUGACAAAUUUUUGUUACACCACGCCUUGCUAGUGGAAGCUAUUUAUACAUUGGACAAAUCAGUUGUAUCACAAGCUGAUUUACAAUUGUCAAAUAAACUAUUAAAUGACUAUUGCUCUCAGUAUGGUUCACUUUAUGGCAGAUUAGAAGAGACAUUCAAUUUACACAUGCUUCUGCAUUACACAAAUUCUGUGGAGCAUAUUGGACCUUUAUGGGCGUCUAGCACUUUUAUUUUUGAAAAUGCAAAUGGCACAAUGAGAACCUCAGUGCAGGGGAAAAAUAAUAUUGCUUUGGAAUUAGUGAAUACAAGCCAAAUCCAUUCAGCUUUAUAUACGCUUAAUCAUAUAUAUGCAUUAGAAGAUUUACAGCCAGAAAAGUAUUCAUUUUUAGGAGCGAAAAUCCCCUUUGAGGUAAUAGCCAAAGAAGACCAAGUCUGCUUGCAAAUUAUAAAACUGUGUAAUGCCUUGCAAACAGAUGUCUUUAAUAUUGAGCUAUAUUUGCGAGCCAAAAUUAAAGGCAUUAUGUAUACCUCGGAAUCAUAUUUGCGGGCAACAAAAACGUGCUCAUACUAUGUUUGUUACUUAGAGAAUGAUGUAAAAAAAUUCUCAAAAGUGUUGUAUUAUGUAAAACUUUUUAACCAAAAAUAUUUCAUCGGAAAGGAAGUUAAAUUAGUUGAUGAAUGCUUUAAAUUACCAUCAGGUGGUGCAGUGAGGCACUUAAAAAAUUGUGUCACCACUAGCAAAUUUGUCACUGCAAACUUGUCCUCAUUGCAGUAUCCUCUUUAUAAAAUUUUCAACCUUAUUGCUGAGCCACCAAAUUUGCACGAAUUUAAUUUAUAGUAGUAUAAUAUUAGACUACUAUAGCAUAUAUGCUCUAUAAUAAUUUUCUGUAUGAUAAAAAUUGUAAUUAUUUAAGGAAUGGUCUUCUUAAUUUAUUAAAUAAUCCAAAUGUAUAUUUUUGAAAUGUAUUUUGUGAAAUUAAAAAGAAAAAUAAAGAAAAUUUUGAGUAUUUCAUAUGGA